CUUGGGGCUCAGAACUUGCACCGGGUACCGGCGGCCGCCGAGGGAGCGUGACUGCUGGGCGCAGGGCUUAGGACGCAUUGUCGCCGCACAGACCCCUUUGUGAGCAGCAGACCAGCCUGGAGGCUGGGAGCCGGACACCCACGUCUGCAUGCUGAGGAAGAUGGGUGAGGCUGUGGCCAGAGUCGCAAGGAAGGUCAACGAGACGGUAGAAAGCAGCUCAGACACCCUGGACUUGGCCGACUGCAAGCUUGUUUCUUUCCCCAUCUGCAUCUACAAGGUCCUGAGGAACGUCUCGGACCAGAUCCACCUCAUCACACUGGCUAACAAUGAACUCAAGUCCCUCACCAGCAAGUUCAUGACCACCUUCAGUCAGCUUCGAGAACUCCACCUGGAAGGGAACUGCCUCCAUCGCCUCCCCAACGAGGUCAGCGGCCUGCAGCACCUCAAGGCCAUCGACCUGUCCCGGAACCAGUUCCAAGACUUCCCGGAGCAGCUGACCACCUUGCCUGAACUGGAGACCAUCAACCUGGAGGAGAACGAGAUUGUAGCGAGAUCUCCCGGCUGUGCCGUCCCAGUCACCCAAGCUGCGCUGAGCUCUCUGUCUGUCUCGUACUCCCGGCGGCUCUGCCUUUCACUGGCCCCUCUCUUCCUGUACCUCUGCUUCUUCCUGCCGCUGAUCCAACCACCUGCCCAGCUACCCCCUGGGCACUGCACACCGGCUACCCCCUGGGCACUGCACGCCGGCUACCCUCUGGGCACUGCAUGCCGCGUCUGCAGCUCGCUGGCAGGAAAGCACAACCACAGCACAGAGCAGGGAUUUGGAGGCCUCAAAAUGCCUCUAAAGUCCCCAAGACCAAGUCGGGCUGAUUAUUUCAGUUGCAGGCUGUGA